CAUCACCGCCUCACGUCAUAGCUUACGAAAUCACACGCCACGAAGGACCAGCAACCGAUCGGAGGUGUGACCGCGAAGCGCCGGAUCGAAGAGCCUGAUCCACAGGCCUGCCAACCAACAAGCACAUGAAACGAGCUCCGGUUAGGUCGCGAUGUCACCCUGCGAACUCAAAGCAGCAGCGUAACUCUUUAUGCAACGCGCGAGAGCGGCAAGCCGGCGAAGGGCGAACGCUAUUUAAAGGAAGCCGCAAGAAAGCAUCCCAGCCAGCAGCCCCCGUCAACCGCUAUCAUCCAGCACGACGCCGCAACCACAUAUAGCAGUAGCGUCCCUGCCGACUGCCGUGCCGGCCAAGGAUCGACUCGGAAAGCCAUGGACACUUUCUACAUCUCCCACGGCUCGCCCACGCUCUCCAUCGACGACUCGCUGCCGGCGCGCCACUUCCUCAAGUCGUGGGUGCCGACCGGCCUCGCCGGCCCGCAGCCGCCGAGCGCCAUCCUCGUCGUGUCCGGCCACUGGGAGACGGACACCCCCGCCGUAAACGUCAUCCGCGGCACUAACGACACCAUCCACGAUUUCUACGGCUUCCCCGCCGAGAUGUACAAGCUGGCGUACCCAGCGCCGGGCGCGCCGGACGUCGCCGAGAGGACCAAGCAGCUCCUCGAGGACGCCGGGUUCGGGCCGGUGGCCGAGGACCGCCGCCGCGGGCUCGACCACGGCGCGUGGGUCCCGCUGAUGGUCAUGUACCCGGAAGCGGGCGUGCCCGUGUUCCAGCUCUGGGUGCAGACGGCGCGCGACGGCGCGUACCACUACGACCACGGCAGGGCGCUGGCGCCGCUGCGGGAGGAGGGUGUCCUCGUCGUCGGCUCCGGGAGCGCCACUCACAACAUGCGCCGCAUCCUGCGCACGCUCGCCCCGACCAGCCACGAGCCGGCGCCGUGGUGGGCCGCCGAGUUCGACGACUGGCUCAGGGAGUCCCUCCUCGGCGGGAGGCACGACGACGUGUACCUGGAGGUGGCGCCGCACGCGGAGGUGGCGCACCCGCAGCCCGACCAUUUCUACCCGCUGCACGUCGCGCUCGGCGCCGCCGGCGACGGGUGCAAGGCUGAGCUGAUCCACCACAGCUGGUCCAACGCCACGCUGUCGUACGCGUCGUAUCGGUUUACCACCAAAAACUGAUGGCUUCGUGUGCUCGCGUACUUCGAUGACACUGCACCUCUGCAUCAGAUCCUGUUCUUGCAAUCGACUCUGCACCCACCGA